UCCUGUGGUUAGAGACAUCACCUGCAGCAGUCUACUGUUAUUCUCUCACUCUCACGCCUGGUGCAUUAAGUCUGAUAUCCUCACACUGCAGCCAUGACGAACCCCUCUGAGCAGUGCUCGUACCUGGUCCUGGAGAACUUCAUAGGGGGGAAGUUCGUCCCUUGUCGGAACCACAUCGACUCCUACGACCCGUCCAUCGGAGAGGUCUACUGCAGAGUGCCCGACAGCGGGGCGGAGGAGGUGGAGGCGGCGGUGGCGGCGGCUAAAGAGGCCUUCCCCGGCUGGUCCGCCCGCAGCCCAGAGCAGAGGGCUCAGGUCCUCAACAAGCUGGCCGACCUGAUGGAAGCCCAACUGGAGGAGUUCGCCCAAGCUGAGUCCAGAGACCAAGGUAAAACUGUAACAUUUGCCCGGACUGUGGACAUUCCCCGCUCAGUGUACAACUUCCGCUUCUUUGCCUCAUCGAUCCUCCACCACACCACCGAAUGCAGCCAGAUGGACCACAUGGGCUGCCUGAGCUACACUGUCCGCAGCCCUGUGGGAGUGGCUGGUCUGAUCAGCCCCUGGAAUCUCCCCCUGUACCUUCUGACCUGGAAGAUUGCACCUGCAAUCGCUUCAGGCAACACAGUGGUGGCAAAACCCAGCGAGAUGACCUCUGUGACCGCCUGGAUGAUGUGCAAGUUGAUGAAGCAGGCUGGUGUUCCUCCAGGAGUGGUCAACAUCGUAUUUGGCACAGGCCCGAGAGCAGGUGACGCCCUGGUCGGCCAUCCUGAAAUCCCACUGGUCUCUUUUACUGGUUCCACUGCAACCGCCCAACACAUCACAGAGCGGAGCGCCCCGUACUGUAAGAAGCUCUCACUGGAGCUGGGAGGUAAAAACCCUGCCAUUAUUUUUGCUGAUGCCAACCUGGACCAGUGCAUCGAGACCACAAUUCGCUCCAGCUUUAACAAUCAGGGAGAAAUCUGCUUGUGCACCAGCAGGAUUUAUGUAGAGAGGAGUAUUUACUCCGAGUUCCUGCAAAGGUUUGUGGCUGCAGCCAAGAAGUGGAAGACGGGUGUGCCCUCUGACCCCAGCAGCAACAACGGAGCGCUCAUCAGCAAAGAGCACCUCGAGAAGGUUCGAAGCUUCGUAGCACUCGCCAAAUCUGAAGGUGGCAUCGUCCACUGUGGCGAGGGGGUCGACAAGCUGGACCUCCCGGAGCGCAACGCCAAAGGGUACUUCAUGCCGGCCACCGUCAUUUCAGGCGUGUCUGAGAGCUCCCGCGUCAUGCAGGAGGAGAUCUUCGGCCCUGUCACCUGCGUCAGCCCCUUCGACACGGAGGACGAGGCCGUUUCCAAGGGCAACGGCGUGCGUUACGGUCUGUCGGCCUGCGUGUGGUCCCAGGACGUGGGGAAGGUUCACCGGGUGGCCAGGCGGCUACAAGCAGGUCUGGUGUGGACCAACUGCUGGUUGGUGAGAGAUCUGAACCUGCCCUUCGGAGGCAUGAAGAACUCUGGUGUGGGCAGGGAGGGAGGGAAGGAUUCCUACCACUUCUUCACCGAGGUGAAGACGAUCACGAUCAAACAAUGAGGAAAGGAAAGGAAGAUGGAUGAAUGUGAAGACAUCUUGUAGACAUUCAUUAAUAUCUUUUGGUCACUCCUAGGAAAUUUCAAUGACAAGUUUUUCCUCCCACCCUCUCGGAUUCCCGGAGCCUAUAAUUAAGUCGAUUUAAUAGAAUUCAAAAGUCAGAGAAAGUCACAGUGGGAAAAUACAGAUGAAUAAACAAACAGAGAUCCAAUAGAAAUGUCAAGUAAUAAGGAAAUAUAUCACAGUGCAAAACACUAAUAAUCAUACCUAUUUUAUUAGCUCUUUGCUGAAUAUUUUGAAUGAUCAUCUUUUACUGUUGAGCUGUUAAAAAAGCAUUGAGCUUGAGUUUGUUAGGGAUUCAAAUUUGGAAUAGGUACCAACCAGAUAAGAUGAAACCAGUUAGGGCAGAAACUUAAUUACUUUAAAAAAUUGUAAUUUAUGAACAACAGUUUAAUCCAACUUCUUUUUAAAUGUUUACACUGCAGGUCCGUGUUCCGCAUGAUGGUUCAGGAAGUAUUGUGAAUAAAAGGAAUGCAAACACUGAUAAUACUAAUAGAAACUUAAAUGAGUUUCUGGUUAAACAGGCAAACACAAGGAGAGUUUGUGCCACAGGCUAAAAAGACCCAAAGAGCAGAUCUUUGUCAAAUCAACUUUAAGACUGAGCUGGUUUUUCUUUAGCUGUUGUGUAACACAGUUUUUGUACCAAAUUUAAACGCUGAAAAUAAAUGCCUGUAGUUCAGUACAUUUUUGUGGUUUCUCUCUAACUUUGCCAUUGUUGUCUGUGGAAUGCCGUAAAUCUUCAUAGUGUUUGUGACGUAACGUCAGUCAAAGAGAGAUGUCCGACAUUAACUUUCACAAUGUUUUAGCUUUUUAUCAGCACACUUUGUACUAAACAUGUGUCGUGGUUUUGUCCUCAAUGGCUGAACGCUUGGUCAAAGUCUGCUGGUUUUUAGAAUGUUUUACGUCAUGCAAACCUUAUGUACUCAAACGUACGUCGAGUUGUUUUUAUGUCCGACCCGCUGACGUAAGAAAGGUGAAUAAAUGACAAACUGUCUCCUGUG